AUGUUCAAGGCCGUGUUGGAGCGUGUGAAGAAGUGGGUUUCUGGUGGGUACAAGCCUUUGGGGCAUGGUUCCAGGCAAGCUUUGCUAGACUCAGGCGCAACCCAUGUGCUGCGAGCUCCUUGGAAUGAGGAGGAGUGGAACGGAGCAAAGCAAGUGAAUGUCCAGUUGGCCGGCGACCAUGUGGCACCAAUGAAGCAAAAUGAAGCAGGGUCCUUACUCAGCGGGGACCAGUUAGCCCAGGUGAUUGUGCCGUUGGGAAAGGUGAUAUCAACGUUGGGGUAUAAGUUGAGCUGGACCUCUGAAGUGUGUGAGCUUAUUGGUCCCAGUGGUGAGGUUUUGCCGUUGACGGUGAAGAAUGGAUGCCCAGAGGUCAGCGAAAAGACCGCGUACAAGUUGAUCCAGGAACUCGAAGAUCAGCAACUUCCCCGACUGGAUGAUGUCACCCAAGCCUCAGUCCAGGCCAUACAUGGGCUGAAAACAAGUUGGUGGUCCUACCUCAAGGAGUAUGUGAGGGGCGGCAAUGUCAUUGAGGGCUACUCGGCGAUUGAAAAGGCAAACUUCUUCGACUACAAGGAUGUUCUCAAAGAGCAUUUGGUUACGAGGUUACCCAAACUUGGGAUUUGGGAACUACUCAAGACCCUGAACAUCAAUCGUCGAGCCCGUAAGCGCCUCCUGCGUGCAAGUGGAUGGAUCAUUCGUUGGGAUGCCCCCUCGGUUGAUAAGUCCAAGGACUCCUUCAAGCAGCUCGCUUUUGUGGGAAGUCAGAUCUACGUGAAUAUGAACACAUUGUUGAUUGAGAAUGAGUUUGCGGAUGUUUGGCGGGUGGUUCAGUGGGCAGCCUUUGUUGGAAAGGUUGAUGUGGUGGGGUAUGGUCGUUCACCGGAUGGGAAGUUCUUCAAGUACUUUGUCAUUGGGGCCCUGAGGAUUCCGAAGGUUGAUGGAGCAGAAGGGCACCCCGAUGUUCGAGGACAUCCUCUACCACCACCACAUGAAGAAGGAGAGGAGUGCAUUUCGGACGAGGAGGAGGACCUACCACCUACAGGUGCAGAUGAGGCUGGUGUGGGUUUGGAUGAAGUUGAGAAGGAGAAGAAGCAAUGGGAAGACUUGGUGGCGACGUUCAAACAACCACUUGCUACCACUACGUUGUACUUUGCCGUUCCCGUGAACAACAAGAGG